GGAUAUAGUGAAUGCAGGGUCCGGGGAGAGCAGAUAUAGUGAAUGCAGGGUCCCGGGAGAGCAGAUAUAGUGAAUGCAGGGUCCGGGGAGAGCGAAUAUAGUGAAUGCAGGGUCCGGGGGGAGAGCGGAGAUAUAGUGAAUGCAGGGUCCAGGGAGAGCGGAUAUAGUGAAUGCAGGGUCCGGGGAGAACAGAUAUAGUGAAUGCGGGAGUCCGGGGAAAGCGGAUAUAGUGAAUGCAGGGUCCGGGGAGAGCAGAUAUAGUGAAUGCAGGGUCCGGGGAGAGCGGAUAUAGUGAAUGCGGGGUCCGGGGAGAGCGGAUAUAGUGAAUGGAGGGUCCGUGGAGA